AUGAACGACAUCUACAAAGCAGCGGUAGAGCAGCUGACAGACGAGCAGAAAAAUGAGUUCAAGGCAGCCUUUGACAUCUUUGUCCAGGAUGCAGAGGAUGGCUGCAUCAGCACCAAGGAGCUGGGCAAGGUGAUGAGGAUGCUGGGGCAGAACCCCACCCCAGAGGAGCUGCAAGAGAUGAUCGACGAGGUGGAUGAAGACGGCAGUGGGACGGUGGACUUUGACGAGUUCUUGGUGAUGAUGGUGAGGUGCAUGAAAGACGACAGCAAAGGAAAGACAGAGGAGGAACUGGCAGACCUCUUCCGCAUGUUUGACAAGAAUGCGGACGGCUACAUAGACCUGGAGGAGCUGAAGGUAAUGCUGGAGGCCACAGGGGAGGCCAUCACUGAGGACGACAUCGAGGAGCUCAUGAAGGACGGGGACAAGAACAACGACGGGAAAAUCGACUAUGACGAGUUCUUGGAGUUUAUGAAAGGAGUAGAAUAAACAGCAUCAAGAGAAGACAGAGUCCCCCGACCCUUAGUGAUAUUUUUCUAUUUCUCUUCGACGUCAUAGACAUCUACGGAAAACCGGAGGUUGCCUUUUGGAUGUCAUCGGCAGAACUUCUGAACGACUUUGCAAGACUUAGUUCAAUAAUCUGAUUGCUUAUGUAUUUUUUUUUUAUAACUUUUUACAAUUUCUUGCAUUGUUGUAAGUACUGUUUGUAACUUGUUCCGGUGCCCAUAUACUGCGUUUGAGUAAAUGUAACCAACCAGAACACUCACAAUAACAACUCACAUAUUACUUCAGUUUGCCUACUUGAACUAUGCAUUAUUGUUUCAUUUCAAAUGCAUAUGAAUUUUUUGCAGUGCCACAAACAGUUUACAAAUCUCUUAUUUUUCCAAGUUGCUGAUGUUGUGCUACCGGACACAAUGCUGUUUGAAAUACAUUCUUUUUGGCAUAGGACAGUACAUCUGUCCCUGUAAGUCUCUGUAAUUAUACCCUACUUUGAUUAGCCCAUUAGUAGUCCGAACAUACAUUGAAAUGCAGUGUAGACACAGUGGCAUAAUGCACCGGUUGUAUGUUUAACAGAUUCCCUCGGGGCCGUUUAGUCUGCUGGAGAGCCUGUGGUGGAUGUACACACCAUACGUCUGCUUAGAAUGUACCUUCAAGUAAUAAACGUGUUCGC